AUGCUCAGGUUUUAUGUGCUCUUGGUUUCUUUCUCUAGAGCCUAUGGUGCUCUGCUUUAUGCCAACCUCGGAGACGAUGUGACUUUACGUUGCCACUAUGACCUCAAAUUCAAUCAUCUGUACUGGUACAGGCAGGUCGCCGGGGAGCAGCCUAAGUUAAUAUCCUCUUUCUACAAACAUUCACCGAGCUCCAACAGGUUCCACAACCAGUUUGAAGACAACCAACGGUUUUCCCUUCAAACUGGAGAGGGGUACUACCAUCUGAAGAUUUCUAAUAUCCAGGAUUCAGAUUCAUCCAUGUACUACUGCGGACAUGAGAACAUCACAGGCAUUAAAUUUGACGAAGGAAUGCUUUUGGUUGUAAAAGAGUCUAGUCGCUGGUCCAUCCUCCAGCAGCCGGAGUCUGAAUCGGUUCAGCCAGGAGGCUCUGCGACUCUGAGCUGCACGGUUCUCGCUGGAGCCACUGAUGGAAAACACAGCGUCUACUGGUUCAAAAAGGAUUCAGGAAGCCCCCGCUUGGGAAUCAUGUACAGCCACGCUAACAGCAGCAGUCAGUGCUCUGACACCCCUGAAUCCAGGUGUCCUGAACAGAGAUGCAUGUACAAAUUAGCAAAGAGGAACGUGAGCCUGUCUGAUGCCGGGAUGUACUACUGCGCCGUGGCUUCAUGCGGAGAGAUACUGUUUGGGAAAGGAACGAGACUGGAUGUUGGAGAGAGCCAUCACGACACUUUCCCUGUCUUGGUGUACGGUUUGGUUCCAGCUCUGGUUGUGUCUGUUGUUCUGAACAUCAUCCUAUUUGGUUUCGUCUGCAAAAUGGCCAAGAAAAAAAAUCUGCAAUCUGAAGGGUCGCAGCUGCAGCUGAGUGUUUCCGAAUACACCGCCGAGAAUCAGAGUGAGGACUUGAACGCUAUGCAGUACGUAGCUCUGGACUUCAAAAAGAAGCAAAGCACAAGCAGGCGACAGAAGAUCACAGAGGAAGAGACCGUUUAUUCUGGAGUUAAACUGUCAGAGCUGGAGUGACUUCGCUGUCUAGUCAAACCAAACCCUCCACCAUCACUGCUACUGUCUUUCUGCAGGCUUAAAUUCUAUGAACAUCUGUAAUUACGUCAAUCAGCAUUUGUGUUUUAAAUGCUUCUGAUAGUCUUGAAUCCUGUAUAUGCUCAAUCGUAAAGGGGAAUUUAUGUUUUGAAGAAAAAAAACAUUUGUAUUUUUCAGAAUUUAUUAUGGACUAGUUCAUUCUUCCUCUUGUAAAAGGCAGUGAUCUCAAUAUUUUGUACAAAUAAGAAGAAAUAUAUAUUCAUUAAAUGCAUAAAAAUGAACUUUCCUUACGUAACAUGUCGAGUUCACUGUAUUUUUUUGUCUGAGUUGAUCACGACAUAUGUAUUGCAAAGUCUAAACUUUCUUCCAAACAAACAAAAAACAAUCUUAAAUUUAAGGGAACUCACAAGAGGCAGAUUAAAGAAAGAACACAGGAAUGACAGAAUGAUCAAAAUUAGACAGUAGAGGCCAAAAUAUUGCAAUUUUUUAUCCCGUUUGGUUGGAUAAACCUCUGAAUACACUGGACUCCACUCUCUUAAAACGUGAUUUCAAUGUAUGGUUGCAAGAUAAACUUUUUUUGAUGGGUUGGUUUUAAAUAAAAAUGUAAUAUUGUGUGUAAAUUAAACUUGAAUUUCUGAAUCAAGUUAAGGUAAUAAAACUUGCUUAAUAACUACAUUUUUUUUCAUUUUCAGAUCAGAAUUCCAAGUCCCACUAAAUUGCUAAUUCCCCUGACUCAACUUAGUUUUUUUGGUUGAACAUCAUUUCAUUAGAAGUUGUUACAACAGUAUUUUGUGUUUGUUGAAUCCUUACAGUGUACAUUUCCCAUACUGCAUGUUAUUUUAAAUUUUCAGUGUCUGAAAAGCUCCAGAGUCACACAAAACCUUCACAGGAUGUGCAGCUCUCUUCAAAGUGCCGCUUUGCAUUCAGCAUCGGGCCUUUUCUGAUCAGCGUCUGUGUGCAGUUAAGCUGUCGGUCAGCAGGGAGCAGCAGUCCACCUACACCAGACAUCACAUAAGCGCUCCAUCAUGAUGCUAAACUUUCAAAAUGGCACUUUUGCUUAAAUGAUCACACAACGCUUAGAUGUGGCCGUCACCACCAGAUAGAAAACUUUGGAGAGAUGUGUUAUUUAAAGCGACGCUGACAUGGACACUUGUGACGUUCGCAAAACUUUUGUUCAUAAAACGUGGAAGUCCACCCACAGAAUGAGGCGUUCAGAUGUGCUGUUGUGGUCGCCUGACAUGAAAAAGCUCCCCGCUGCCCUUUUUUCAUGGCCCCGAAGCACUGCCGGCUGAUGUGAUUACGCAACUCUUCUUUAUGGUUCUUAGGCUUCGGCCUCAUGGAUGCAGUUACGCAAUCAAAAUGCACAAAAACUUCAAGAAGAUCAGGAAGAAUUUCAUCACUUAGCCUGCUUUUAAGCGAAUAUUAUAAUCAAGUUGAACCAUUUUAAUCCUCAGAAAACAAAAAAAUCAAGUUAAGAGCUGUGAAACUCGAUUGUUUUGUUCAACUUUGGAGGUGCUUUCAGAUGCUGCAGCUGGUGGACGAUUAAAAAAAAAAAA